CCCCCCCCCCGGCACAUCAGCAUCCGAGCGGAAAACCAAAGUCCCAGGGGGGCUGACAGCACCGGACGAGGAUGGUCCCCGCAGAGGAGAUGGAAAGCACCCGGAUUGCGAUCACGGACCCUGCUCUUGUCACCUCCCCGGCAGCCUUGAAAAGCCCCUUAUCACCUUCUAAACCUAAACAAGCCACUUUGUACCAGUCUCCCCGUCUCCGGCUUCUGCUGAGUUUUAUAAACAAGUUCCCCAAAGAGGCUGACGAGGAUGUUUUCUCUCGCCUUGGGCAGUCCGGGAACGGGGGGUCCCUGCGCCCCGGAAAUGACUCGGCCGUGCCUCCCCUCUCCCCGCACCCAUGAGGGCUGGCCUUUGGGUGCCAUUGGUCCCCAAACGGGAGCCCAGGGGCGGACAGGGGAUAUAAAGGCUGGAAGAACAGCCCCGGCUCUCUGUGCCGGGUUUUGCUGGAAGAAGGAAGGAUGGGACCCAAAAACGGCUUGAUCCUCACUCUUCUCUGCUGGGCGGCGGGUGAGGUGGCUGCCUACCCACCCUGGGACUUCUCCUGGGGGGCACAGGCGGACCCCCACGCCUGGUCCUGGGUGGAAGACCCCCAUUCUCGAGCCAUCUCCAGCCAGCAGCCGGUGAUGGUGCAGUGCCAGGAGGCUCAGCUGGUGGUGACGGCGCACAGGGACCUCUUCGGCACCGGCCGCCUCAUCAACGCGGCCGACCUGACGCUGGGACCCGCGGCGUGCAAGUAUUCCUCGCUGAACCCUGCCCACAACACCGUCACCUUCAUCGCCGGCCUCCACGAGUGCGGCAGCGUUGUGCAGGUAAGAUGGUCUCCAUUCCAGUCGUCCCCCUGCCAUCCCACCACCACGGAGCAGCUCCAGGCUGCACCGCUGCGCACCGGGCAUUCCCUGCGAUGCCGGGGCGGGGGGGGACUCUGGGUGCUGGACCCGGAGGAGCACCUUAGGGGAAGGACAAGUGGGUAUUUCCCCCAAAGCAAAGCAUUUUUCCCCAAAACUGCUUUGCCCUUUCCAUCAGACACAUGCCAAAGGUGCAGACCUCCCCCCCCGUCAGACCCAUUUCACUCCUAUUUUGGCCCAUUUAACUCAUGGAGAAGGGAGUGGGGCUUCUUCUCCAUCCCCUUUUCCCCAACUUUUCCCCCCCCUUUCUUUGGAUUUCCCCAGCGUUUCCCAGUUGGGAAAGGAUGGAUAUGUGGCUUGGUGGUGGUGGGAGGUGGGGUGUCCUCUCUGCCGGCUUCUCAACACUUUUCUCCCCAGAUCACGCCGGACUCCCUCAUCUACCGCACGCUCCUCAACUACGACCCCAGCCCCGCCAGCAACCCCGUCAUCAUCCGCAGCAACCCGGCCGUCAUCCCCAUCGAGUGCCACUACCCCAGGAGGGAGAACGUGAGCAGCAACGCCAUCCGACCCACCUGGGCUCCCUUCAGCUCCACGCUGUCAGCGGAGGAGAGGCUGGUGUUCUCCCUGCGCCUCAUGAACGAGGACUGGAGCGCCGAGAGACCCUUCACCGGUUUCCAACUGGGCGACGUCCUCAACAUCCAAGCGGAGGUGGGCACCGAGAGCCACGUACCGCUGCGGUUGUUUGUGGACAGCUGCGUGGCCGCCCUGAGCCCCGGCACCGACUCCUCACCCCACUACACCAUCAUCGACUUCAACGGGUGCCUGGUUGAUGGGAGGUCGGAUGACACCAGCUCUGCCUUCAUCACCCCCCGGCCCCAGGAGGACGUGCUGCGCUUCAGUAUCGACGUCUUCAGGUUCGCUGGGGACACCAGGAACCUGAUCUACAUCACCUGCCACCUGAAGGUGACCCCGGCGGACCAAGCCCCGGAUCCCCUGAACAAGGCUUGCUCCUUCAACAAAGCCAGAAACACUUGGUCGCCUGUGGAAGGCACCCGGGACAUCUGCAGCUGCUGCGAGAUGGGUAACUGCGAGUCCCCCGCGCUCUCCCGGAGGCUCAACCCCCUGGAGCAAUGGCCCGGCCGCCGCUUCCGUCGCCAUGAUGCCAACGGGAAAGAAGCUGAAGCCGACGUGGUCAUCGGCCCCGUGCUCCUCUCGAGGGACCCAGGUGCCGUGGGAGAGCGGCAGGAGGGAGGUCAGGGCGGGGUGACGGCGGUGCCCGCCAUGGGGACAGGCCUGAUCUGCGUGGCAGCCAGCAUGGGGCUGGCCGGCGUGGCGCUGGCCAUCGGCGUGGGGCGCAGGAGGUGCGCCCACGCUUCGGCGUGAGCGUGAGGGCGAGAGCCGAAUAAAGUUUGGGAAGG